CAAGCAGGACUGAGUUGGCGCCGGUUUCCUCAGAUGUAGACAUAGCUAGCAGGAUGGCCGGCUGCUGCCCCAGCUAGUGGGAGCCCCCAAGGGCUCCCUACAAGAGCACUGUAUUCCUGUUGUGUGGGUUGCAGCCUGUGUGGCCUCAGAGAGGAAGUGACAUGUCCCAGAGGGAGGCCCAAGGGGCACCAGCCACACCAGAGGUGGGCCAUGGCCGGACCAAGGCCAGAGCGCGGGUACUGCCAGGCACUGGCAAGAAGAGGAGCAGCGUCAGCAAGACAAGGCAAGACCCGUGGGAAGGCGCAAGGUGGAGCGACCAGAGCUGGGGCCGGGCUGUCCCAAGCCCCCGUGGGGCCAGGGCAGGGAGCCGGGCUCCAGGCCGGAGCGAAGCCAGUCCUGAGAACGCAGCGCGGGAGCGGAGCCGGGUCAGGACCCUGCGCCAGGCCUUCCUGGCCCUGCAGGCCGCACUGCCCGCCGUGCCUCCUGACACCAAGCUCUCCAAGCUGGACGUACUCGUGCUGGCCACCAGCUACAUCGCCCACCUCACACGCACGCUCGGGCAUGAGUUGCCGGGCCCCGCCUGGCCACCCUUCCUGCGUGGACUUCGCUACUUGCACCCUCUCAAGAAGUGGCCCAUGCGAUCACGUCUCUACGCUGGAGGCGUGGCAUAUUCUAGCCUUGACUCCAUCUCUACCACCACUUCCGGCCACAGAACAAAGGACACAGAGGUGGCAUCCCAAGACUCUGAAGAGGCAGACACCAGCCUUUCCACCAAGCCACUGUCACCAGCUCUUGGUGACAAAUGAGCAGGCUCACUUGCCUUGUUCUCCCCGAAUGCAACUCUCAUGGAGGGUCUCAGACUUUGUCCCAGGUGUCUUUGGUCUUCACCGGGACCUGGGCUGUGGGCGGUGACUCGGGCUGAGUCCUGGCCAGCAGAGGGACAGGAGAGGAGCAGCAGGUGCUGCCCCAGCGGAAGGUUCCCCAAGAGGGGAAGAUGCCCACUCUUGGCAGCUGGGAGGGGCUCCCUAAUGGCUGCUCUGGGGCAGCUUGAGGACAGCGAGGGUCAGGGGCCUGACUGGGUCCACAGCUGAG